AUGCCGGGACCCCCCAGAAGCCUGCAUCCCUCCCGCUCCUUCUCGCGCCUCGACGCUGCGCCCAAGAGUCCGCUGUCCCGCAGUCGAGCGAGCACGCUGCAAGGCCCCCAUGUGACGGACAUGCUAGACCCGCUCAAGGCCAGCGUGGUCCCCGAAGAAGAGGAAGAAAAAGAAGACGAGACUGUCGAGGGCGAUGUCUUUGCUGCCAAGACAGAGGGACAUGGCGAAGAGCACGGGCAGGAGCAACAGGCUGCCCCAGACGUCUUUGAAGAGCUGCCCAUUGAGAUACGGAGCUUGACGGAGAGGUUCCUCGAGUCCCUCUCUGCCAAAGUCCACCCGACUCCCCCCACCGCCGACAGCCUGUCGGACCUCUUCCAAGACUUCUACACGCGUGCCUCGGCCAAGAUCAACACCCACAUAGCAACCCUUUCCGUCCGCUUAACGAGCGACACGUUCAUCUCCCAAGCGAACAAAGGCUCCACGCCAUCGAGCCGCGCUGCCUCCAUCAGAAAGGGCAGCGAUGCCAACGCCGAACAGCAGAUGCUGAGCGCCUCAGAGAUGAGCGACCGCAAAAAGGCCCGCAAGUCUCUCGAAGCAAAACGGGCUUCUCUCGAGGAGGCCGUAGAGCGGGCUGUCUGCGAAAAGGUGUACGACAGGGUCUGGCGACACCGAAGUACCGACGACGAAGAGAGGGACCACAAGCUCAGAUCACGCACAGCGGCCUUGUCGCUGGUCGGUAUCGGCUUGAAAGAGCUGCUGAUGACGGGCGAGGAGAUGACCGAGGAAGAGCGCAACAAGGCCAAGGAAAAGGAGCCCGAGAUCAGGGACUUGUUGUCGGCUGCUCGACAAGACAUGAUGAAGAUGAACCACGAGAAGUACCCGCUGGGUAAAGUGCUGCAUCUGACAGCGGCGCACAAGUCCAUCGUCGACGCCCUGUCCAAAAUCUUCCCAGCAACAUCGUCAGCGGACGAGAUUCUGCCAACACUCAUUUACGCUCUGAUCACGCUUCCGCCUGUCUACCUGAAUGUCAUCAGCGAUCUGAAGUUCAUCCAGAGGUUCCGCGGCGCGAGCAGAAUGGACGGUGAAACAGCCUACUGUCUUGUCAAUCUCGAAGCAGCCAUCUCUUUCUUGGAGACAGUCGACCUCUCCUCGCUACGUGCUGACGAGGGAAACACCCUGGAGAGAACAAACUCACGGCCAUCGACGCCAAAGUCCGAGGUCACGCCCAUGCUGUUGGGACUCUCCGAUGCGCCGGACCUAGUGCAGACACCAGCGACCCCGACUACAAGAAUGACCCACAAGGAGCCAUCCAGUCCAACCACAACUAAGAUCCAGCGCCGACUCAGUAACUUGGUGCAGGCUCAGACCAACCGAAUCGAGUCAGCCUCAGACGCUGUCCGUGACUCCAUUCUCGACUCGGCCGAUCAAGCGCUGGGCAGGAUCAACAGCACACUUGACACCAGUUUCAGGUUCUUUUUCGGAGGCCUGCAAGAACGAGACCCAAACAACAAACUGCCAGAGCAGCCUGCACUGCCAAAGACGUUGGAGGAAGUGCGCGAACUCGUUAGCUCACCCACGCGAGGCACCAAUCUCGAUGACGACAACCUUAGUGUUAGCGCGGCGAGUGAGGACGACCGACAGGACGUUCUACCCAAAGAUUUAGGAGCGAAGAUGACCGAUCUCUUCGCUGGCAAACGGCAGAUGCGAGAUCGUAGUGUCGACUCAGCGCGGUCAGGAGGCAGCAACAGUGCACGCCGUGUAGCAUUUACCUCGAAUGCUAUCGACGAAAAGACGCCGUCACCAGCGGCUAUCAAAAUCGACCCAGCGCCGACCACUCCAUCCGCAGUCGACUCGUUGCGCAACCUGGGCAACAGCUUCAACCCUUUGAAUAGCUUCAGAAGUGUCAAUGUUCUCCCUCGUUUCGGACGCGCCGUCAGCAGCGCUACGACACCUACACUGUUGUCGUCUGCACCAGAGCAGAGCAAGAUAUCGCCAGCACCAUCACCAGAGCCCCUGAGCCGCACGGCUACCAACGAAGUAGCGCUGCCGGGCGAGCGAGGAGCAAAGGCAAUCGCUGCGUUGGAGCAGAUGAAGAAGACGACACCUCCUCUCAAAAAGUUUCUAGAAGCAAAGGAUGCGCAAGAUUUGAAGUUGAAGGAGGUCGACGAGUUAUUGAAAGAUUAUCAGCGAUUGGCUGCGGCGAUGCGAGGAGCGAUCCACCAAUCGUAG